AUGUCUACACAUCACCCUACAUUUAGUUCAUCAAGUGGGUUAGGAAGUGUAUUUAAAUCGAUUACAAAAACUUUUAAAUCAUCAUCACAACAUAAAAAUGUACCAGUUACUAUAAAUCCUACAGUUGUUGGAGGUGGAGAAGAUUUACAAAAAAUUAUUAAUGAAAUACUAUCAAAUAAUAUAUCACAACAACAACAAUCUAAGGCGCUCGAAAAACUAAUUGAAUCAGUUUCGAAAUAUUCAUUAUCUUCAAUUCAAGAAAUAUGGUAUCUUGUAAGAAAUUUUUUAGAUCCUAAAACCAAUAAAAUACUACGAAGUCAAGUAUUAAGAUUAUUGAUUAUAUGUAUUGAGAAAGAUGACAAUUCUGUAGGGUCUAGAACAAGAUACUUUCAAGAUAUCUAUAAGUAUUGCCAAUUUUUUACUACUGGGUUUGAUCCAAAUUUUGAUUUGUUUUUGGAUGCUCUUGUAAAAUUAGCUAUCGAUGGGAGAGAUAUUCAUGAUUUAAUUAUUUUUGAAGAUCAUAAAAAUUUAAUUAGUUGGUUGAGUAAAGGAUUAGAAGUUAUUAUCAACGUUCUGGAGAAUGGGAGUAUUAACGAAGAUAACUUAAGUUAUAGUAUUAAUUUGCUCAGUUUUAUUAGUAAUUGUCUCAAGUUCAAUUAUGGAGUCAUUAAUGAUAAUUCUGUGGGUAAAAUCAUUGAAAAAAUCAUAAAAAUCAACGUGAAUAAUAAUGAACCACUACUAUUCGCAAUUGUGGAUCUAUUAAUAUCAGUUUCAAAAUAUGGUAAUAUUCCCAGCAAUGAAAUCAACAAGAUAGUCAAAUACACAUCAAUAGUAUAUGGCAAAAAUUCCAAAAAUGAAAAACUCACUGAAAAAACAUUCGAUAUAAUUGAUCAAUUAGCUACUGAAGUCUCAUAUGAUCGUAUAUGCAAACUCCUAUGUCAAGAAAUUUCAGAAACUGAUAAACUAAGUAUCAUCAACUACGACAUACAUCACCACCAAAACUUAACUGAUUUUUAUUCAUGUGUCGGAGCUAUCCACUUGAUUAUACAAUUACAAAUUAAAAAUAUAUUAAUAGAUAACAAUAGGAAUGAGUUUCCUUUUUUCUUAAUCAUAAAACUAAUCAAGAAAAUACUAAACCUUAACGUAUCAAUACUAAACAAGCUCAUACUUAACUUAUUCACUUCAAUUUUCAAUCAAGAUUAUUACAUCAAAAAUUUCAAUUAUCAAGUGGCUGGAUCAUUUGAUAAAAUAUUCCCUUUCCAGAUUUGGUAUUAUGAUGAAAACUCCAUAUUUGAUUUAUUCAACACUUUUAAAAUCAACGAUGACAAAGACAGAACAAAUAUUGAAAAAUUAACUGAUUCAUUAAGAGAGUUAUACGAGAAUAAUGAGUUACUACUUCCUAAAUCUAAAUUGAUUAAUUUUUUCAUAAAUUUCAAUAAUUAUUUAUCUACAACUACAUCAAUUUUUGUACUAAAUCAAUUCGACGAAGAUAAGAGUUGUUCAUUAUUAAAUCCAUUAUGGAAAGAUUGCUCCUUGCAAAUCUUAAAUAAUUUUUACUACAAUAAAUCAACAAACUCAACUGUGAAAGUAAAAUGUUUACAAGUUAUUUUCAAUGCAUACAAUACAUCUAUAUCGAUAUUUGAUUCAAAAGAUAUCAAUUACGACAUACUAAUAGAUAUUUUGAAAAAAUCAAUAACUCAAUCAAAUGAAGAAAUUUUAUUAUUUUUAGCUAAAGAAAUUAUAGUUAAUUUAUUAGUUAAUUCUCCCAAUCUAAUAUUCAAUAAAUUAAUUGAAAUUAUAAAACCAUUAUAUAAAGAUCAACAAAAGCAUCAAAAAAAUGAAAUAAUAAUGGCAAGAGGUUACGUUACAUCAGUCAAUACAACUACCGAUACCGUCAUUACAUCAUCAUCAUUAUUUUUACAAUACCUAACAAGAUCAAUAUGUAAAUCAUUUAUAUUAUCAUCACCAGAAAGAGCACAAAAAUGUUUUAAUUUUUUAAUUGAUAUAAGUCAUGAAACAACAAAUGGUGAAAUCCUAUUGGUGAUCGCUAAAACUUUAAUUAGAAUUAGAGUUACUUCUGAAAAUUAUAUAUAUUUCACUCAACCACUGGAUAUGAAUGGAUUAGCUUCUGCUUUCAAAAGAGAUAACGCCAAAAUAAUUGCGGGUCAGUUAUGGAAUUAUCCUGAGAUUGUUGAAUACAUUCCUAAAUCACAUUUAAACAAUCCAAAUAAAUUUUUACAAUUACAAACUAGUGAACAAGUUGAAGGAGUUGAUAUUUAUUACAUAGAUAUUAAAAAAUGGUUUCAAUUGAUUUUAUACGUUUUUGAAAAUUUUAUUGAUUGGGAAUUAUAUUCAUUUUGUUGGGCUCAUUUUUGUUCACAAUUAUCAAAUAUGAAUUUAUUUUUAACUUGUAAUGAUGAGAUAUUAAAUUUAAAAACUAUAAUAUGUAAUCAAUUAAAAUUAAAAUUACCUAAAAAUUUAAAAAUUCCUUCAAAUGAAGAUUUAACAAAAGCUGAUUUACAAGUUGCUUUUGUAAGAUCAUUUUCUGCAUUAAUUGGGUAUCAUGAUAAAUUUUCUAAAUCAGAUGAAGAUCAAAUUAUUGAUAGUCUUAUAUUUGGAUUAAGUUCUUGGGAAAAAACUUCUAUUCCAUGUAUUAAUAUUUUAACUAUUUGUUGUUUUGAAAUCCCUAUGUCAAUUAAAAAAUAUUUAACUUUAAUUUUAACAAAAUUACAAACUAAAAUAACAUCAGUUAAUUCAAGUACUCAUACAUUAGAAUUUUUAAGUUCAUUAAUUCAUUUACCAAUAUUAACUUCUAAUUUUACAAUAGAUGAAUUUAAACGAGUGUUUGGUAUUGCAUUUAAAUAUAUACAAUAUUCACGAGAUUUGGAGAAAAUGAAUUUGUCAAAGAACAAUAAUCAAUUAGAAGAAGUAAUUUUAAAACAUGGAGUUGAUGCAGAAAUUGAAAAAACACCCUCAACUCAAACUAAUGGAGUUUCACCAAUUUUGAUUCAAUAUAUAUUAAUGUUAUCUUAUAAUGUUAUAUCAAGUUGGUUUCUUAAAAUUGAAAUGAAUGAUAGGAAAAAAAUAUCAUCAUUUUUAAUUAAAAAUCUCAUUAGUUGUGAUAAUGAAAAUUCUGAAAAUCAACAAAAUUUAACAGAUCAAACUAUGGGAUUUUUAGAUUUUAUUACAAAAUUUACUUAUAGUGAUUUACCAUUAAAAAUUAUAAAUUCUACAACUAAAAAGAAAAUAGAUGAUGAAGAUACUACUUCAGAAAAAACAAUACUAAACAGAUGGAUGGUUGGUUGUUCUGUUGUAAGUAUUGAAACUGAUGUAUAUACUGGAGAUACUGAUAUUUUAAUUAGAAAACCAACUGGAGUAUCAAAAUUGAUUAUGAAAUUAAAUCAUGAAACACCAAUUGAUAAAACAGAAGUUAUAAAUCCAAAUUAUUUUUUAUUACAAUUAUUUGAUUCAACAUCAAAACCAAUACCAAUAAUAGAAGAUUCAAUAUUAUUAAGAGCAUUAUCAGUAUUAGAUCGUAUUCCUAGUGUUGAAUUCCAUAAGAUUGGUAUAAUAUAUAUAGAUAAAAAUCAAUCAACUGAAAAUGAAGUAUUAUUAAAUAAAAUAGGAUCAAUUGAUUAUCAACAAUUUUUAGAAAAAAUUGGAUCAUUAAUAAAAUUAAAGAAUCAAAAAGAAAUUUAUUGUGGUGGAUUAGAUAUUGAAAAUAAUUUAGAUGGUGAAUAUACAAGGUAUUGGAGAAAUAAAUUAACUCAAGUAAUAUUUCAUAUUACAACAAUGAUGCAUACACCAGAAUCAGUAUCAGAAAUUGAAAAAAUAUCACAACUGAAUUCAUCUUCUUCGACCACCACAACAACAACAAAAGAAAUUUCAUCAAAUCAACAAAGAAUAAUAGAAUUGAAAAAAAGACAUAUUGGAAAUAAUCAUGUAAAUAUUUUCUGGGAUGAUUCAGGUUUUGAAACUUUUAAUUUUAAUUUAAUUAAAUCACAAUUUAAUUUUUUAAAUAUUGUAAUAACUCCACAAACAAUUGAAUUAAAUAAAUCAACAUCAAUAAUAACAAAUACCAUCAACAAAGAACGUAAAUUUUUUAAAAUUAAAACAUAUAGAAGAACAGGUAUACCAGCAGUAUUUUCAACUAAUCAUUUUAAAAUUAUAAGUUCAGAACAAUUACCUUAUAUUGUUCGUAAUCUAUCAAUAUUAGCAUCAGAAUUUGCAAAUGUAUGGUAUUCUUCUUUAAACUCAACUACAAAUAAAUUUGAAAGUAAUUGGUGUCAAAGAGUUAAACAAUUACAUUUAAUUUAUGAUAAAUCAUUAGAAAAUUUUAAAAAUUUAUCAUUACAUGAAAAUAAUUUUAAUGGAAAUGAUGAAAAUAAUGGAUAUAAUGGAUUUAAUAAUUUAAAUCAAAUUAAUUUUGAAAAAUUUGAAAAUUUUGAAAAUUUUGAAAAAUCUUCAUUAAAAUCUUUAUAUAGUUCUGUUGAAUUUAAUUCUUAUACUUUAUAA